UACCUCUGAUCAUGACGUCUAAAUCUCGCGACGUUCAACUGUCUGUGUUCAAGAAAGAAUUUCAAACAGGCUAGGUUUACUGUACAGUUUUGACGAUGUGAUAAUGUUGUUCCUUAUUCUAAUUCAAACGUAUGCUGUAAGGUGAGUAGAAUGUCAUUUCGUUUUAUCUAGUCUAAUUUAUUCGGUCUGUAAACAAAGCAAUGACAUUUCACCGCAACCGAGGUCUGGCAAAUGUAAUGAAAUCGCCAGUGCUGGCUAACAUAGCCUAAUUUAUGCAGAAUGCGCAUCCAUUGCGGAUGUGGUGCAGAAUAAAUGCGCAGUGCGCUUUUACCUGCAUUUUAGUCAGGGAGAUUGUGAUCUAAUUUUUUACACUAAAUGUAAUCAUUGUCGUUGAAAUAGUAACUUCAGUUAUGCCUUUUCUUUCUAGUCCCAACUAUUAGCCCUGUUGUGUGGAAGCAGUGCCCCCCUUCACCUUAAUUUAACACAAACUAGGCUGGGCUUUGUAAUUGUUUUUGUGUUGGUUGCUGCCUUUGGGUUUUGGUAUGGUGUUGAGGUAAAUGGUUAUUUAUUUAUUAAGUUAAACGUCCCUCUUACCAGCAGAGUAUCUUGGCAUAGGCUUUGAAUCUACUAAAUGCUACAGUAAAGUAUGCUACUUGACUUCAGUGACUGUCUGAUCCUGUGAGUUUUACCAAGAGCUACUUUUAGUUUCCCCCAGGUGCCCUUUUUAUUACAUAAUAGUUAUAAUUUUACCACCACUGCUCAUUCAACACCAACAAAAACAUAAUGCAUGAAUGCAUGAAAUUCCAUUCAUAUGUUCAUGAAAUCUGAUUGCUCUGUGUAUUGAGUGGCAAUAGAACUAGUGUCAGUAGUUGAGUGAAUGGCGCUGCUUCUGCCACCUUGGUUAUUGUGUCUGCGAACCAGGCCUGAUUUAUGACUGAGUACUAUGAGGAGGGGGGGCUGCUAUACGAGCACUCGCCUCCCAAGCACAUCAAAGAAGAGUCGCCAGAGGGACCCUGCGGAGGAGGCGUCUCAGAGGAUGGCUUCCCACGGGAGGACGAUGACUCGGACGGCAGCUGUGAUCAAAACGGGAGCCUGCCGGAUGGGCUGCCUUUCAAUGUUGUGGUGGUGCACCCUAAUGUUGUGGCCCCUGGCUUGUCAUCCGAUGACUUAUUUUACACUGAACAGAAUAGAGGAGGGUCUUCUUCACUGGCAGGAGGAGGCGGGGGCAAACGGAAGAGCCGUUUCAGCGGAGCUGAGUUAGAGGUGCUGGUGUCAGAGGUCACGCGCUGUGAAGGCGAACUCUUCGGCCCCGCGGGGAGGCUCCGUCGCCGCGAGAGGGAGCGCAUCUGGGCUGGAAUACUUGAAAGGGUCAACGCUGUCUCCAGAGUUCCACGGACGCUACGUGAGGUGAAGAAGCGAUGGGAUGACCUGAAGAGACGAAAUGGUGGGAGGCUGGCAGACGCCAGGUAUCGCAGCUGUUACCUGCCAUCCAGCAGAGGAGCAUCAGUUCUGGGGAGGUCUGCUCAAGCAAGCCCCAGGCUUCAGCAGGGCCAUCAGAAACAGAGCACGCGAGGAAAGGGCCGGACCAUGAGUUUUUCUGACACUGAUGCAGGUGGUGGCGAAGGAUCUGAGAGAGAUGGCUUUGAGAAGGAGGAUGAAGCAGGUGAGCAUGACAGGGACGAAGGGGAAGGAGACUGUGGAGAGGGUGGUGACAGCAGCAUGGAAGACAAACUGGGAUUGGGAUUGGGUUUGGGAAUAGUGCCUCCGCCAACAUCAGAGCGUUGGCUACCUCCAUCCCCCCUCUACAGUGCUCCGUUCCUCAAUGGGACCCCCCAGCCUAGCCCCCAGCCAUCCCUGGGGCCCCACCAGGGUCUCCUUGAGGCCCCCCCUCCACGUGUCUCCUGGCUGGAGGAUGAGCUUCGGGGUCUGGGUGAAGCCGCAGUGCGGCUUGGGGACCGGGUGGAGCAGAGCUUGCGGGAAUUCGGGGAAGGUUUCCGGCAUGACAUGCGGACCCUGGUGACCUCCCAGGAGGCCCUCUCAGUCAGCCUACAGCAAAACAAUGUCCUGUUGCAGCGGUUACUGGGGCUGCUGGAAAGCCAGCAGCAGCAGGCUCAGCAUCACCCUCAGUCUCAUCCACAGCAGCAGCCUCAGCAGCAUCAACAACAGGUGUCACAGCAACAGCAGCCACAGCAUCAUCCGCCCUUAGAACCAAAUCAGGCACUACAGCAGCAACAUACGCAGCAGCAGGAGCAACGUCAACAUCCUAUAAACUCGAAUGAUCAGCUACCCUCUUCCCUUCCUUCUGUGCCACCAACUCCUGACAUUUUGGAUGGUACAGCCCACCCUGAACCAUCUACAAAUGUGAAUGGCACAGCCCAACGCUCACGACGGGGGAGGACAGCUGAUCAGCGCCGAAGAAGAAGACGCUAAAUGCUUGAUAAGGAAUUAGAAUGCUUUGAUGAAUGUUCAAUUAUUUAUUUUAUUUUCAGGUUUUCACUUUGUUAUGGAGAUAAGUGAUUUGUCUCAUUGCUGUCUUAUAAGUGAUAAUAGUAUUACCUAUACUUUAAAAUGUAUCAAUGAUUUAUACAUUUUGGUUUAAAGUAAUUCAUUCGCAAACUCAAUUUUUUCCGAAUGCAUUAAUUCUAUGACUUGUUGGAGUUGAGUAAACGUUAUAGUUGAAACCAUAUGGGUCGACAAUCAUCAUUAGAACCUUAAGCACUUUUGAAUGCGUUUCACUCAAAGUCAAGACUCUUGAGAGUGGGAAUGUUAAUGACGGGAAAUAGGAAUUAAAUUCAGAUUUGGAGGUUUCCAAAUUGUCAUUCUAGUUAAGUAGGGCAAGCCAGAGGUUCUGUGAAUCUCUCCUAUAUUUUAACACGUAUAAAGGGUAGUUAUCGUUCCUCCAAGCGAGAUUUAUAGCAGAGUCAUUUUAACAACAUGAACAGGGCUUAAAUUUGUUGCAUUGUGUGAGGACACAUGAAAUACUUUUCUCAUGUGAAAAGUAAAAAUGCCAUGUGUUCCUUAAUAAGCAUGUCAGAAGCUCUUAUUCCAGAAAGCACUUUUAUCCUACCAUUCAUUCCACAUUAUUGUGGUUUUAAAACAAAACAAAAAAAUACAGCAUACUGUAUGUCAGCUACUGUUAUGCGUUGUGAUUCUGCAUGCAGUUUCUGGUUUGUAAGCAAACUAGUGCAAGGCCUUUGCGAAGAGGAAAACUUUAACUAUUUUGCACAAUUUGUAUCUGAGGGGUAUAUAUUCUGGCAAUAUCUGUAUAUUACAUUGUAUCCUACUAAUCCGAAUGUAAAAUAAAGGCAAUGCUUAUGGAAAUGA